GAUACCGGAUGUGACGUCAAGAUGACAGGUCGACCUCGAGACACCGGAAGAAAUCGUCGGUUUUGGUGACGCUGCAUAAGACUGCAAGAAUGGAGCGUUCUGGGUCGUUCAGCUUCUUCCUCCUGUGGCUGGCUCUGGCCGGGGCUCAGGCGCUGACGCCGACACACUACCUGUCCCUCCCGGAUGUGGCCCGACUUCAGAACCUCCUGAACCAGCCCUUCACGGAUCUACAGUCCGCUUACUACUCGGUGGUCGGGCUAAGUAAACUCGGAGCUGCUGUGCCAGACCACAAGGCUGUAUGCCAGUUCCUCAACUCCCAGUUGGAUCCUUCAAGCAUAGAUUCUCUUUUCUUUGCUGCUGAAACCAGUCAAGCCAUAUCUGGGUGUGAGAUUCCAGUGUCAAAUGAAACGCGUGACAUUCUGCUGGCAGCAGUUAGCGAAGACUCCACCAUGACUCAGAUUUACCGUGCUGUCGGUGCCCUCAACUCGCUGGGUCUCCCCCUGGCAUCUCAGGAAGUUGUGGGUGCCCUGACUGCCCGGAUUAACAAGGAGGACAAUGUCAUGGCCAUCACAUCAGCUCUGCAAACAGCAGCCCGCCUCUCCAAACAGGUGGAACUUGGAGGAAUUCUGGAGGAAAUUGAGGAUCUGACUGCGCGUCUUGAUGAUCUUGGAGGAAUUUACCUCCAGUUUGAAGAAGGACUGGAAGCAACUGCUUUGUUUGUGACCGCUGCUUAUUCGUUGUCCGAUCAUGUGGACAUGGAACCUCCACUUAAAGAGGAUCAAGUCAUCCAGCUGGUGAACUCCAUCUUCAGCAAGAAGUCCUGGGACUCUUUGGCUGAGGCUUUCAGUGUGGCCAGUGCCGCUGCUGCUCUGUCCAACAACCGUUUCCAUGUGCCGGUUGUUGUCAGUGCCCAGGGACCUGCCACUGUGUCCCACCGCCAGCCAACCCUGCAGCUCCUGGUGACCGAUGUCAUGUCUCAACCGCUGGAUUCUGCCAACGUGCUGGUUGAAUCUGCGUAUGCUGUCGCCUCCAAGAGUGUCAUCCUGAGCAAAGAGCCCUUCACAUUAAACGAUGGUGUGUUUGAAUUGAACUUCAUGUCCACCAAACCAGCCAGUGGGUAUUACCAGUUCACUGUUGAGGUGACGGGUGAUAGCCGCCUGGUGGCCAAUCAUGUCGAGGUCAAAGUCAAAGUCUCCACUGAGGUGGCAGUUACAAACAUGGACCUGUCCGUGGUGGACAAGGACCAGAGCAUUGGCACGAAGACGACUCGUGUGGAUUAUCCUUCCAAAGCAAAGGGCUCCUUCACAGCUGACAGCCACCAGAACUUCGCCAUGUCCUUCCAGCUGGUUGACAUCAACACUGGAGUUGAACUCACACCUCACCAGACGUUUGUCCGGUUGCACAACCAGAAGACGGGCCAGGAGGUGGUGUUUGUGGCCGAACCCGACAGCAAGAAUCUCUACAAAUUUGAGCUGGAUACUGCUGAGAACAAAUCUGAGUUUGACUCUAUGUCCGGCACCUACUCGCUGUACCUCAUGGUCGGGGAUGCCACCUUGGAAAACCCCAUCCUGUGGAACGUGGCUGAUGUCAUGUUGAAGUUUGUGGAUGAGGAGGCCCCAGCUGUCAUCCAGCCCAAGACUCUCUAUGUACCUAAACCAGAGAUCCAGCACUUGUUCAGAGAACCUGAGAAGAAGCCUCCCACGAUGGUGUCCAAUGCCUUCACUGCCCUUGUGCUCUCCCCACUCCUGCUGCUGCUCAUUCUGUGGAUCAAGCUCGGAGCCAACAUUUCCAACUUCAGCUUCUCUCCCAGCACCCUUCUCUUCCACGUUGGACACGCAGCCUUGCUUGGACUCAUGUACGUCUACUGGACCCACCUCAACAUGUUCCAGACCCUGAAGUACCUGGCAAUUAUCGGAGGAGUGACCUUCCUGGCAGGGAACCGGAUGUUGGCCCAAAAAGCUGUGAAAAGGAUCGCAGCAGAACAAAGUAGUAGGUUGGAAAAGUAUAGGAGCCUCCGAUAAAACCUCUAAACAAUUGAGUCGAUUCCUGGCUGAAGACUGAGAAGAAAUGAGACGCCGUACAAAAGUAAAUCAAAUCCGACUUAGACUUCUCAACAGGGCAGUUUCCAGGGCAACAAAUCAACUCACCACGACCACAGAAAAGACACUGACCAGUCGUUCCAGUGGGGACUCAUCGUUGCACUUCAUCGUCCUGUGAGAUUUUUUUUUUUUUUUACAUCACUCAAAACAAAGACAAACAAACCUUUUUUUGUCGUUCAAUAUUUGGUUUCACUUUUGGGUACAUUUUUCUGUGUCGUCCGUUGGCGGUCACCCCCUCCUCACUGAAGCUCAGCAUGAUUCCGAUGCACUGGCUUCACCACUCUCGUGGUGGCCCCUUUAUUUGAUACGAAUUCUUGUCCCGCCAAAAUAAAGGUUUGAAAAACAGA